AUGAAGGUCUCACGCCCUUUUGUAUCCCUAGUUGGCAUGGCGUUGGCACAGCUGGUCUAUGCCCUGCCCCCGAUGACGACUCGCACAGGGUCUGGAUCCUUCCCCACUACUUCGGGUGUGCAGUUCGUCAUCGACGGUGAAGCAGGCUAUUUCCCCGGCUCCAACUCAUACUGGAUUGGAUUCUUGACGAACGAUCGCGAUGUGGACCUGGUGUUCGACCAUAUGAGGGAGUCAGGGCUGCGCGUGCUGCGGGUUUGGGGGUUUAACGACGUGAAUGCGGUGCCCUCGGCUGGAACGGUAUAUUUCCAACUUCAUCAGAAUGGAAAGUCGACAAUCAACACAGGCAAGGACGGCCUGCAGCGUCUGGACUAUGUGGUUCAGUCUGCCGAGAAGCGCGGAGUCAAGCUUAUCAUCAAUUUCGUCAACUAUUGGAACGACUACGGUGGUAUGAACGCAUACGUGCAGGCGUACGGCGGUUCCUCCAAUGCCGAUUUUUAUGCCAGCGACAAGAUGCAGGCUGCGUACCGUGCAUAUAUCAACGCCGUUGUGUCUCGGUAUAUUGACUCUCCCGCCGUGUUUGCAUGGGAGCUGGCCAAUGAGCCUCGCUGCAAGGGAUGCAACACCACGGUUCUGCACGAUUGGAUUGCCCGCACCAGUCAGUACAUCAAGUCGCUGGAUUCCAAGCACAUGGUUUGCAUUGGCGAUGAGGGCUUCGGCCUUGACACUGGCUCCGAUGGCAGCUAUCCAUAUGGAUACUCUGAGGGAUCCGACUUUGCAAAGGGGCUGUCCAUUGACACUAUCGACUUUGGGACGUUCCAUCUCUACCCAGGCAGCUGGGGCACUACCAAUGACUGGGGCAAUGGCUGGGUCGCGUCCCACGGCGCUGCAUGCGAGGCUGCUGGCAAGCCCUGCCUCUUUGAAGAAUAUGGUGUGACUUCUAACCACUGCGCCGUCGAAACGCCAUGGCAAACGAGCGCCCUAAACACCACUGCCGUGUCGGCUGACUUGUACUGGCAGUACGGCGACACUCUGAGCACAGGCAAGUCGCCGGACGAUGGAAACACCUUCUACUAUGGAACAGAAGCGUUUGAGUGUUUGGUGACGGACCAUGUCGCAGCGAUCAAUGCGAAGAGCCGUCGACAUGGUUAG